GGACACAUGACAGUUGAAUCUGUCAACGAUUACGUAAAUUUAAUUGUCAUGACAAACGACAAAAUUUUUCGUAAACAAAUCAGGUACAGCAAUAAAAAUCCGCGACCAAAACCAUGAGAAGACAGCUAACCAAUUUGGACACAGACAGUUUACCGCCAUGUCCAGAAGACACCUCGUCCGAAGACGACUCCCACUUGGACCUCUACAUCAUAGGUAAACUAUGGAUAGACGCCUUGAGAAGUGCGUUGCUUGGUGCCAAAAUUGUGCCAACAGUAGAAGCGGCCAAAACAGAAGUGCCAACAAAACCGCCUCCAAUGCGCCUAAACGAGCUUCCCCUGUACGACAACCCACACCAGAUAUACAAAGACUAUUUGGAAGAUCUAGAAAAAUGUCCAAAAGCCAAAUCAAAGAUGCUGCAUGAGUACUUGCAGCCUCACGUGACUGCUUUAAGAAUGUCAGCACAAUGCAAUUACUGUGAUUUCAAAUGUGAAUUAGAAAGCAUGAAAGAAGAAAUCUGUGUAAGCAUGAGAAAAGCUAAGACUGACUUCAAAGCGUAUAUGAGAGAUCCAAAGAAUUUGGAGCUUAGACACGGUGUCGUGGGUAUAGGAGCUUUGAGCGGAUACCUUUUCGCUUCAAAACGAGGUAUACCUGGUCGUUUGUUCUUCACCAGUCUUGGAGCUUUGGCAGGUGGGGCUUUGUGCUUCCCGAAAGAAACCGAUGAAAUAUUUAGAAGCGCUAUGUACCAUUUCGGCAAAGCUGCUCUAGGAGUUUACAAUUUGAUAUGCAGUCACAAUUUAAGCUUACGCGACAGAUUACCUUGUGAAGCCGAUCAACCUGCUCCCAAGGAGCUUAAAAAGUUGAAUAAGUGUACAAAAUAGAGUCUCACGUAUCUAUCCAAGUCAAUCCUAAGAAUAGCACGAGUGGCUAAUCUCAACCGAGCUAUAUGUUGCUGGAGAUAUUGGUAACCACAUGCGCAAAAUCUGUAUUCUAUCCACACACCAAAAAAAAAGCAACAACAACAACAACUUUAAAACCUACGUGUCACACUCACAACAUCGAUGAAGUCCGUACAUUAUACAGAUACUUGCAACAAAAAAGUCAAAAAGCUUUUGGAUAAUAUCGAAGAAAAUAAUAUCGAAGAAAAAAAAUGGUACUUAAAAGAACCGAAACAGCGGGCUCAAAGACAGUUAGUUACAAGGGUCAUUGUAGAUAACCAAAUGGUGGAUCCCGUAACGGCUAAUCCAAUACUGAAGAGACAUUCAUAAGACAUUUCCCAUUAAAACAACUUGAAUCCGACCGUAA